AUGAUAAGCACGCGAUCGGUGCUAUUCGCGGUUGCUGUUGCGGCAGCGGUGCUGCCGCCGCCGCCGCCAGUGUCGGGGGCGGGGGCGGCCACCGACGACGAUGUAGCGUCGUUGCCCGGCUGCACCAGCCGGUGCGGCAACAUCAGCAUCCCGCACCCGUUCGGCGUGGAGCCCGGCUGCUUCCUCCCCGGCCUGAACGUCACCUGCAGGAACAGCACGUCCGGCGUGCCCGAGCUCUUCCUCGGCGACGGCACCGUGCAGGCGCUCGAGAUCUCCAUCCCCAACGCCACGGUGCGCAUCAACGCCACCUUCGCCUACUUCCCCGGCAGUAAUGGCACCUACGACCCCAGAAUCGGGCCCAACAACAUAACAAAUGGCACAUGGAGCGGCGCUCUCGGGGAACCCUACACUCUAGGGUGGUGGAGUAACAAGCUGUUUGUGCGCGGGUGCAACGUCCAGGUCGUCGUCGUCGGGGAUCGCGGCCGGGCCCUGAGCAGCUGCGCCGCGUUGUGCGACUGGGACGACGACGACAGCAGCUGGUUUACUCCCGUGACCCCGGACUGCUCCGGCGUCGGAUGCUGCCAGGCGAAUAUCAUGGAGGAGCGCAGCAGCUACGAGUUCAAGGUACUCCGGAUGAACGGGAUGCCGGGCCCCACCUCCGACGCCAUUGUCUGGAUAGUGGAUUCGGAGUUCAUCAGCUCCCAUCCCAAUUUCCACGAAGGGUUUCAUUUGGGGCGGCACCCUGCGGUGCUCGACUGGAGGAUCAACCACACGACGUGCUACGGCAACGCGUCCUCGGCAGCGUGCCACAGCAGCCACAGCCUUUGCCGGAAUUCCACUGGUGGCCUUCAGGCUCACCUCUGCGACUGCGCUCAGGGCUACGAAGGCAACCCUUACAUUACCAACGGAUGCAAAGAUAUCAACGAAUGCGACGAUCUAGAGACGUACCCGUGUUAUGGCGUCUGCAGCAACACGGAAGGGGGACACCAGUGCCAGUGCCUUCCUGGCUUCGAGGGCAACGCCUCUGUACCAACUGGAUGCAAAGACAUUGACGAGUGUGCACAUCCCGAUCGACACUCAUGCUACGGACUUUGCAUAAAUAUGCCUGGAAAUUUCCACUGCCGAUGUAAGGAUGGAACCUAUGGUGAUCCCUUCACAAAAGGGGGCUGCAGCUCCCCCACAGGUUGGAAAAUCGGGCUAGGAGUUGGCGGUGGCGCAACUUUUUUACUUUUGGCGCUUGGUGCACCCUUCAUAACACGUAAAAUCAAGCUGCAUAAGGCUAAAAGGAAGAAAGAAAGAUUUUUCAAGCAAAAUCAUGGGCUGCUACUCCAACAAUUGGUAUCACGUAAGUCGGAUAUUGGUGGAAGGAUGAUCAUUACCUUGCGGGAUCUAGAGAAGGCAACAAACAAAUUCGAUUCAUCUCACAAAAUUGGUGGUGGAGGGCACGGUGUUGUGUAUAAAGGACUUCUAGACCUACAAGUUGUUGCCAUCAAGAAAUCAAAAAUUAUAGUACAAAAAGAAAUUGAUGACUUCAUAAAUGAGGUUGCAAUUCUUUCCCAAAUCAACCAUAGGAAUAUUGUCAAGCUCCUUGGGUGUUGUCUUGAGACUGAAGUCCCACUGUUGGUUUAUGAGUUUAUAUCGAAUGGAACUCUUGAUCAUCAUCUUCAUGUUGAAGGCACCAUAUCACUCUCUUGGGAUGACCGACUGAGGAUUGCUCUCGAAAUUUCCAAAGCUCUAGCCUAUCUACAUUCAGCUGCUUCAACACCAAUACUUCAUAGAGACAUCAAGUCAUCUAACAUACUUCUUGAUGACAAUUUAACAGCAAAAGUAUCUGACUUUGGAGCUUCAAAGUACAUCCAGAUUGAUCAGACUGGAGUGACUACAGCCGUCCAAGGAACCAUUGGCUACUUAGAUCCCAUGUAUUAUUAUACAUCUCGACUAACGGACAAGAGCGAUGUUUUUAGCUUUGGUGUUCUUCUUAUAGAACUGCUUACUAAAAAGAAACCAUUUGUCUACCGGUCUGAUGAUGGUGAAGGUCUUGUUUCACAUUUUGCAUCACUACUCACUCAAGGUACCUUGGUUGACAUAAUAGAUCCUCAAAUCAUAGAAGAGGAGGGUGAAGCAGUCGAUGAAGUUGCCGCUCUAGCGGUGAAGUGUACAAAACUGAAUGGAGAAGAUCGUCCCACAAUGAGGGAAGUUGAGAUGACACUAGAAAACUUGAGAGGCACAAAGAAGCAGAUUCAUCAUAAUAUGACUUCAAGGAAGAAAUACGAGAAGGAUCAUUACAUGUCAUCUAGAGAACUCACUCUAGACACAAGCAGACAGCACACCAUGGAAGAGGAAAUAUUAUUGUCGGCAAGGUAUCCUCGAUGAGAUACCGAUGUGGCCUGAACAAAAAUGUUGCCUUCUAUAUCCAUUUAAUUCCCAAAUGCAUUGUUGCUCUUGUUCUCUUUUGACUGCCUUGGAAGUGUUUUACUCUUAGACAUCCGCAUGGAAAUUGUAAUAAGCUGCAAGUACGAGUGCGUC